AUGUCGUGCUCACUCUGUCGUCUGCCUUUCACCCCCAGCCCUGUCUCAAUCAGUCCUCGCUGGCCUCCCAACGGCACUCUCACUCCCGCCCAGCUCGACUACCUCAAGUUCGCCACCAGCUUUGGGACCACUCCAGGUCUCGUCGUCCCCCUUCAAUUCUGCGAUAGUAACACUUUCGGCGGAGUAAAUGUCCCUUUGCCUAUCAUUCUCAACUGCCAGUGGGAGGAUGAGGCCACCCACCGGACGAUGACCGUCAUGCACAAUCGCUGUUUUGGCCUCCUCCGCCACCAUCUCGACCUCCUCGACGAUGACGACGAUGACGAGAUCACUGACCUAGCUCUUGUCGAUGAGUUCUUAGGCCCGCCUGCAGGUGGGGCUCGUGCCGGCCGACUGCCUAGCAUAGAUUACGAAGGCGCUCUCGGCUUGGAUGGUGACCGUGUCGAUCUCGAGUCCCUGUGGUCUCCAGGCUCCGGCCCUGGAAUGCUCGCCUUCGACUGGGCUCGGUGGAAAGAGCUCGGACUCCAGUGGACGGCCGACCGUUCUGACAGGCGCGCCUCUCCUUUGCUCUUCCGGUUCCCAAAAUUCAACCCCACCGUCGACCCCGCGCGUAUUCCGGAAGAACCGUUCACGCCAGCCACCGACAUCAUCUGCCGCCAACCGUACGACAUCCUGUAUGCGCUGUUCCCCUUCUUGUCGGACGCAUCCUUCGUCAAGCUCGUCUCCACCUGCCGCACCCUCCGCCGCUUCGCGCUCACCACACUCCAGCCGCAUGCUCGCGCGCGCGUCAUCGCUCUUGGAUGGCCGCUCCCCACCGGCGCCGAGUACAAAGCGUUUGUGGCAUCGAGGCUGCCCCCAGGCCCCGGUGCAACACCGGUUAGAGAGUGGCGAAGGAACUUGGAGAUGGCCGAAAAGGAGCUGUCUCCGCAUGACGGCGACUGGAUGCUGUACCUGUGCAAGGUGUACAAGCAUCCGCCGAUGGCCAGGACGCGGCGGUGGAUCUGGGCGCUCGCGAGCCAGGCGGCGCGCGUGUGGCGAGAGAACAUGGAGCACAGUGGGUUGUACGCCGUGAAGACGAAGGGCGCGGAUGAAAGGCGCGUAACGCCGUGCGGGGGCGGGAGAUUCGUACGGACCGGGAAGUGGGACGAACACAAGAAGAAGCUGGUGGCGUGUUUCGCCCUUCGCGGGAUGCUGCAUAUGAUGGUGCUCCCCCAAUGUACGCUUAGUUUCGGCAUCCUGUAG